CCUCAUCGCCCUCACCUCACCUCACUCAAACGCCGCCGAGAGCCGAAACCCAGAAACACACACACAAAACACAGACAGACAGGGGAGAGGAGAAACGCCAUCCCGGCGCGCCGCCAUGGACAUCUCCGCCGGCGGCGGCGGCAACUCGCUCCCCACCACCGGCACGGACGGCUCCAAGCGCCGCGUCUGCUACUUCUACGACUCGGAGGUGGGCAACUACUACUACGGGCAGGGCCACCCGAUGAAGCCGCACCGCAUCCGCAUGACCCACGCCCUGCUCGCCCACUACGGCCUCCUCGACCAGAUGCAGGUCCUCAAGCCGCACCCCGCCCGCGACCGCGACCUCUGCCGCUUCCACGCCGACGACUACGUCUCCUUCCUCCGCUCCGUCACCCCCGAGACGCAGCAGGACCAGAUCCGCGCCCUCAAGCGCUUCAACGUCGGCGAGGACUGCCCCGUCUUCGACGGCCUCUACACCUUCUGCCAGACCUACGCCGGCGGCUCCGUCGGCGGCGCCGUCAAGCUCAACCACGGACACGACAUCGCCAUCAACUGGGCCGGCGGCCUGCACCACGCCAAGAAGUGCGAGGCAUCAGGAUUCUGCUACGUCAACGACAUCGUACUCGCCAUCCUCGAGCUCCUCAAAUACCACCAGCGCGUUCUCUAUGUGGAUAUCGAUAUCCACCACGGGGACGGCGUGGAGGAGGCGUUCUACACCACGGACAGGGUGAUGACGGUCUCGUUCCACAAGUUUGGGGAUUAUUUCCCAGGGACCGGAGACAUUCGUGACGUUGGCCACUCCAAGGGGAAGUACUACUCCCUGAAUGUCCCGUUGGACGACGGGAUCGAUGACGAGAGCUACCAGUCGCUGUUCAAGCCGAUCAUGGCCAAGGUUAUGGAGAUUUUCCGCCCUGGCGCCGUGGUGCUCCAGUGCGGCGCGGACUCCUUGUCGGGUGACAGGUUGGGCUGCUUCAACCUAUCCAUCAAGGGGCACGCCGAGUGCGUGAGAUUCAUGAGGUCCUUCAAUGUCCCCGUGCUGCUGCUUGGCGGCGGCGGGUAUACCAUAAGAAACGUUGCGAGAUGUUGGUGCUACGAGACAGGAGUGGCACUUGGUCAUGAGCUUGCUGACAAGAUGCCGCUAAAUGAGUAUUAUGAGUAUUUUGGUCCAGAUUAUACUCUUCAUGUUGCACCAAGUAACAUGGAGAACAAAAACACACACAGGCAAUUGGAUGAAAUAAGAUCAAGACUUCUCGAUAAUCUUACAAAACUCCGACAUGCUCCUAGCGUUCAGUUUCAAGAGCGACCUCCUGAGGCCGAGCAACCUGAGCAAGAUGAAGAUUUAGAGAAUCCUGAUGAAAGGCAUCAUGCUGAUUCUGAUAUGGAAAUGGAUCAUGCCAAGCCUCUGGAGGACUCUGAAAGGAAGAACAGUAUUCAGAGCAUGAGAGUUAAGAGAGAAUCUGCUGAAACCAAGGCGACAGAUCAGCAGGAUGGAAAUGGAAUAGAUGUGGAACAAGCGAGAGGCACAGAAUCUGUAGCUGAUGGAGUUGCCUCCUCGAAACAGGCCUCUCCAAUUGAUGCAAGUUCGAUGGCCAUAGAUGAACCAGGUACAGUCAUGGCUGAACCAGAGAGAUCAAACAAAGUACAGGAACAACCAGCAAUGCAUCAGAAACCAUGAUCGUCUGUCUUAACUUCCCAAUUGAUGCCGUCUGUGUAGCUCAUUGACUUCAUUGGACAAACAAGGACAGUCUGAAAGCUGAAGCAGAGUUCAAACAAUCUGCUGCACCAGUUAUUUAAACCUGAAUCAAGGAUGCCUGCCUUGGGAACUGGUGGUGUUUUGCCCACUAUAUUUGUGAUUUGGACACAUAUGAUAGUUGAUUCCCAUUGUAGCAUUGAUUUAAAUUCAGCUUCUGUAGAGGAACUGAUGUAGUUGUGCAUUACAUUCUGCUCCCGUUAGCCAGUUGUUGUGGAAUAUCACAUUCUGGCGCAAAUGUAUAGCUAGGCGAAGGCUUAGUUUUGGUUUGAGCUGAUCUCUCUUCU